GUUCAACCUCAUUUUUGACUUCAUUGAUAUUGAACAGAAACCAAACGGAAGCGACGGAGCGGAUUAGCCGGAUCUCGCCAGCCUCGUCUCCAAUAGUUGAUCAUGGCGUUCUUUCAGGGCACUCUUCAAGAGGGCAUCGCCGCUGCUCUUCAACAGUCAAAGUCCGUCAUGUGCUUUGUGACUGAUGGCAAGGAUGAGAGCCAGACAUGGGAGCUUCAAUACUUGCUCGAUGAAGCACUCCGUCCGAUGCUUGAAAGCAACGCGGUCUCUCUUCGGCUGGAGGCAGGCUCACAAGAAGAGGGGUUUCUUAAGCAGCUCUACCCUGUGCCACAAAAGCCCACCGUCGUGAUUAUUAGGGAUGGCCAACUCAAAGAGUAUAUCGCUGCUGGUGCUUCUAGGGAAGACUUCCUUCGGAGGAUGAAGGCGGCGCUUACGACAACGGAACUUACCCCUGACCAACCACUUCCUUCUCAAGCCGCACCUCCCCAACCGGCCGCAACCCCGGCCGCAACCCCGGCCGCAAUUCCGGCACCGGCUUCUCUCCCGAACCAGCCCAGCCAUGCCGACGAAUCUUCGUCCAGUAGCUCAGGCCAGGCCACCCCGCCAUCCACCACCAAUUCUCGGGUGCAAUCCAUGUUGACUGCAAGGGCCGCAAGGGUUCUCGAGCAGAAGAAGAAGGACGAAGCAGAGGCGAAGCGGCAAGGCGCCGAGAAGGGCAAGGCAAAAGCCGAGGCUGGAGCAAGUGUGCCGAAGAAAACCGAUGAACAGAGCAAGCACGCCGCAGCCCUCAAAAAGAAGCAGCGUGAGGCGCGCGAAGAGCGUGAGCGGAUCCUCAAGGCCAUCGAGGACGACAAGGUCGCGCGGAAAGUCCAAAAAGAAGAGGUAGCGGCCGCCCGGAGGUUGUCCAUGGCUUCCGAGAAACCCGACCUGGCCUCGUUCGCGCCGAUAACCCAGGUGCUCUCGUCCGCCGGUCGGCUAAGCGAGCACUGCGCUAUCCAAGCUCGCCUGUUCGACGGCUCAACAAUCCGCAACCGCUUCUCAAGCAGCGACACGUUGAGCCACGUGAGGAAGUGGGUUGACGAGAAUCGCGGGGACAACAAGGAGGCCUACUGCUUCAAGGUGCUCCUGACCCCGUUACCGAGCAAGACCAUCGACGUCACCGAGGAGGACAAGUCUCUUCAGGAGCUGGAGCUCACCCCUUCGUCCACGCUGAUUCUCCUCCGCGUGCCCAAGUUCAGGGUGGCCUAUUCGACUUCGCCGAGGCCGGCGGCCGGGGUACCUCAGGGGAACAUCUUUCAGAGGCUUAUUGCUUUCUUCUUGGCUAUCAUCACCGGCUUCUUCAGCACUGUUACCGCGUUCUUCUCGACCCUCCUGAGCACUGCUGGGCCGUCGGCAACCCCGGAGGCUAGUACUUCACGGGCUACUGGCUCUCAGAGCCAGGCCGCCGCCGAUGCGGCCAGACGUCGUGCAGGGCGGAUAGCGGGGGUGGACCAUACAGACGGGCGGCGGAAUGACCAGCAAUUCUACAACGGAAAUUCUACCAAUUUCGAGCCUAGGUCAGAUGAUGGGGAGUAAACUUUCAAUUGGUUCUGGUCGUGGUGGGAGAUAUGUGUCGAGUCGUAGC